AUGAACAGAACAAUGUUAUCUCAUGCCAAGCUGCCCAAAAGUUUUUGGGGUAAAGCCUUGACGACUGCAGUUGAUCUAAUCAACCUUUCUCCUUCAGCACCUUUGAAUAGUGAUGUCCCGAACAAGUUCUGGUCGGGAAAAGAUGUUUUCUACAAUCAUUUGACAGUUUUUGGUUGUAGAGUUUUUAUUCAUAUUCCUAAAGACGAAAUAUCCAAGCUCGACAUGAAGUCGAAAGAAUGUAUCUUUGUAGGAUAUGGGAAUGAAGAAUUCGACAUUCGAAGAGGUGAUAAACUUGAUAAUCCUAGAGAAUAUCCAGCUAACUUGGAUCCAGUUCCUCCUCCAUUAGAGCACAAUGACAGUGAUGAUCAUAAAAUUGAUGGUAUAGUAGAUGAUGUAGCUGAUGAGGGGCUAGAAGCACAAGCCCAUGAAAAGCCAGCGGCCGAAUUCCAACCAAGAAGAUCGACCAGGGUACGGAGACCUCCGAGUAGGUAUUCUCCAGAUGAUUACGUUCUCCUAACAGACGGGGGAGAACCAGAAUGUUAUAAAAAAGCAUUGACUCAUAAUCAACAAGAUGAGUGGUUGAAAGCCAUGCAUGAAGAGAUACAAUCUCUACAUGAUAACCACACAUACGAUAUGGUGAACCUACCAAAAGGUAGAAGAACACUCAAGAACAAAUGGUUGUAUCGACUGAAGGCGGAAGAAAACAACUCUAAGUCCAGGUUUAAGGCAAGGCUAGUUGUGAAAGGUUACAGUCAGAAGAAAUGA